UCUGUGGUUGUUGCUCAACCACGAAAUGUUGGGGGGAAAAGUGGGCGUGGGGAUGAGUCUUCUCUAGUAUAGUAAGAAACAGUGCAGUGGUCCAUGGUGGCCUGGUAGAAGUGCUAGCUAGCUAGCUUUCGGAAUACAAUCAGCACAAAAAUGAGUGAGUUGACAGUACGGAACCUGACGAUAGAGCUGAAGUCUCUGACAGACCCAAUUCAACUUGGUAUUGGACUGGGAUUCGCCGAGCAUGAGAUGGAGAUCAUACGAAAAGACAACCCAUUAGAUGUGAAUAAACAGAAGUAUGCAUUGUUCAGUAAGAUCUCCAACAACUACCGUGCAAUGGGCAUCACCUGGGAAAAGAUAGCGGACUGUCUGCGUGAGUUUGUCAAUCACAAAGACCUGGCUCUGCAGUUACAGAAACAAGAGUACUGCAAAAUUGAGGAGGAAACUGACACUGAAAGUCUCGAUGACAAGAUUAACGCUAUUGCGCUCAAGGUUGGCCUCGACCCACAAUGUCUCGACAAACCAUGUGACAACGAGACCCACCUCCUCCAAAUAUCAAAGCUGCUGGAACACUGGCCCUCCUAUGCACCUUACCUCGGACUAACUGACCAAGAGCUCAACGGUAUACAAAGAGAUUUAACACUAUCCGGAUAUCACAUGAAGCCACAUCGAAUGCUGAUCAGAUGGCAGGAGAAAAAAGCUUAUUCCCCUCAGGCAAACUAUCGGUUUUUACUUAAUGGCUGUUUGGAAAUUCACGAUAACGCUAAAGUAGUCGGAGAUAUUUGUAAACUGAUUAAGACGUAGUUUGUUAGUUUGUUAGUAGACUCUUUGUAUUAUUUUUAUGUGUCCCACAACAUUUUUAUAUGCUUUAUAAUUAUUGUCAAUAAUAUUGCA